UCCGGGACCCGCUCGGGGCGGGCUCUGAGGAGGGCGAGCCGGACGCCUCGGGCGCCGACGAUGGAGGGGACAGCAGUGACCACGACUUCGAGAUGGUGGAUUUGAACGACAAAUUUGUCCUCGGUCACUUGCUUGUGGCUCCCUGCCGGCUGGGGACCCGCGAUGAGGCCGAAAAGCCGGCGCGGGCGUGCAGCCCCUAUCGCUGGAUGCACCUGAUCCCGGGGGGUCGGCGACACCGGCAGCGGAGUCGCGACCUGGAGCAACUGGAGGCGGAGACCAAGGACGGGCGGGCCUCGCCCCUGGCGAUGGAGGAGCCCCCUUCUCGGGGGGCCCGAGAGCACCUCCCCCACUGGGGGCGCAAGAGGUUCCUGCGGAUGCCCGAGCGGGACUCGCCCAGCCACAGCUCGCCAGAGAGGGGCAGUGACUGCAGCCACAACAGCUCGGACCACGAGGACGGCUUCUCAGCAGACUUCAGCUACGGGGCAGACGACUACGACGGAGAGGGGAAUGAGGAGCAGAAGGGGCCCCCAGAGGGCUCAGAGACCAUGCCAUACAUCGAUGAGUCGCCUACCAUGUCACCUCAGCUCAGUGCCCGGAGCCAGGGCGGUGGGGACAGCAUCUCUCCCACCCCACAGGAGGGGCUGGCACCUGGGGUGGAAGCAGGGAAAGGCCUGGAGAUGAGGAAGCUGGUGCUCUCGGGGUUCCUGGCCAGCGAAGAGAUCUACAUUAACCAGCUGGAAGCCCUGUUGCUGCCCAUGAAACCCUUAAAGGCCACCGCUACCACCUCCCAGCCUGUGCUCACCAUCCAACAGAUUGAGACCAUCUUCUACAAGAUCCAGGACAUCUAUGAAAUCCACAAAGAAUUCUAUGACAACCUCUGCCCCAAGGUGCAGCAGUGGGACAGCCAGGUCACCAUGGGCCACCUCUUCCAGAAGCUGGAACUCAAAGUGAAAGGUCCCAAGGACUCCAAGGACAGCCACACAUCAGUCACUAUGGAAGCUCUCCUCUACAAGCCCAUUGACCGAGUCACCAGGAGCACCCUGGUCCUACACGACCUGUUAAAGCACACUCCUGUGGACCACCCAGACUACCCACUGCUACAGGAUGCCCUCCGCAUCUCCCAGAAUUUCCUGUCCAGCAUCAAUGAAGACAUUGACCCCCGCCGGACUGCAGUCACAACUCCCAAGGGAGAGACACGGCAGCUGGUGAAGGACGGCUUCCUGGUGGAGGUGUCGGAGAGCUCCCGGAAGCUGCGGCACGUCUUCCUCUUUACAGAUGUCCUACUGUGCGCCAAGUUAAAGAAGACAUCCGCAGGGAAGCACCAACAAUAUGACUGCAAAUGGUACAUCCCUCUGGCCGACCUAGUGUUUCCAUCGCCCGAGGAGUCUGAAGCCAGCCCACAGGUGCACCCCUUCCCAGACCAUGAGCUGGAAGACAUGAAAAUGAAGAUCUCUGCCCUUAAGAGUGAAAUCCAGAAGGAGAAAGCCAACAAAGGACAGAGCCGGGCCAUUGAGCGCCUGAAAAAGAAGAUGUUUGAGAAUGAGUUCUUGCUGCUGCUCAAUUCCCCCACAAUCCCUUUUCGGAUUCACAAUCGGAAUGGAAAGAGCUACCUGUUCCUACUGUCCUCAGACUAUGAGCGGUCAGAAUGGAGAGAAGCAAUUCAGAAACUACAGAAGAAGGACCUCCAGGCUUUUGUCCUGAGCUCAGUGGAGCUCCAGGUGCUCACGGGAUCCUGUUUCAAACUUAGGACUGUACACAACAUUCCUGUUACCAGCAAUAAAGACGAUGAUGAGUCUCCAGGACUGUACGGCUUCCUCCAUGUCAUCGUCCACUCUGCCAAGGGGUUUAAGCAGUCAGCCAACCUGUACUGUACCCUGGAGGUGGAUUCCUUCGGCUAUUUUGUCAGCAAAGCCAAAACCAGGGUUUUCCGGGACACGACAGAGCCCAAGUGGGAUGAGGAAUUUGAGAUUGAGCUGGAGGGCUCUCAGUCCCUGAGGAUCCUGUGUUAUGAGAAGUGCUAUGACAAGACCAAGGUCAACAAAGACAAUAACGAGAUCGUGGACAAGAUCAUGGGCAAAGGGCAGAUCCAGUUGGAUCCACAAACUGUAGAAACCAAGAACUGGCACACAGAUGUGAUUGAGAUGAAUGGGAUCAAAGUGGAAUUCUCCAUGAAAUUCACCAGCCGAGAUAUGAGCCUGAAGAGGACCCCAUCCAAAAAGCAGACUGGCGUCUUUGGUGUGAAGAUCAGUGUAGUGACGAAGCGGGAACGCUCCAAGGUGCCCUACAUUGUGCGACAGUGUGUGGAAGAGGUGGAGAAGAGGGGCAUUGAGGAGGUCGGCAUCUACAGGAUAUCGGGGGUGGCCACGGACAUCCAGGCACUGAAGGCUGUCUUUGAUGCCAAUAACAAGGACAUCCUGCUGAUGCUGAGCGACAUGGACAUCAAUGCCAUCGCUGGCACCCUCAAGCUCUACUUCCGUGAGCUGCCUGAGCCCCUCCUCACAGACCGACUCUACCCAGCCUUCAUGGAAGGCAUUGCCCUGUCAGACCCUGCUGCCAAGGAAAACUGCAUGAUGCACCUGCUCCGCUCCCUGCCCGACCCCAAUCUCAUCACCUUCCUCUUCCUGCUGGAACACUUGAAAAGGGUUGCUGAGAAGGAACCCAUCAACAAAAUGUCCCUUCACAACCUGGCUACUGUGUUUGGCCCCACGUUACUGAGACCAUCAGAAGUGGAGAGCAAAGCACACCUCACAUCGGCGGCAGACAUCUGGUCCCAUGACGUUAUGGCACAGGUCCAGGUCCUGCUCUACUACCUGCAACACCCCCCAAUUUCCUUCGCAGAACUGAAGCGGAACACACUGUACUUCUCUACCGACGUGUAGCCUAAGGUGGGAGCAGCUGCGGGGGAUGGCCCGAGCCAGCCUCUCCAGCCAGGGACUCAACAUGAACUUGAAAGACUACAAUAGAAAACUCCCAAACCCAGCACUCCAGACUCCAAGGGACGCAGAUUUCCAAGAACUGGAAUACGUGCAUCUUUUGUGCCACCUUGUACAAAGCCAGCUGACCCAGCCCCCAGCCUCACCGCCACACCCCGGGCUCCUGCCCUUUGUACCUCUAGUUGUGUCUAAUGCUCCGUGCUGUUCUGGAGUUGUUUUAUGUCUUUUUGUCAUGCAGAGGAGGUAGUAACCAACCUGGUGUGGGCACACAGACAGCCUGCUUUGUUCUUUCAUUUCCUCCAACACUUUCUUUCCUCCCAAGUCUAGUCCAUGGCUUUUACUUUGCGCUCUGUAACUGCUACCAGCUUAUCUUCUCUUGGCCCUGCUUCCAGGUUGCUGUCUCCUGAAACAUCCCUUUGGUUUUCCUCCAUCCACCUCUGCCUCCCAGCUGCCCGCAUGCAUGUGCAGCCUUGGUUUCACUCCAUCACCUUGAAGGUUCUGAGGAGGCCCUGGGUGGCAGUGGUGGUCUGUAGAAUGCUCCACUUGCUGCCCCCCAGCCCUCUCCUUGCCUUCCACCUGCUGGAAGCACACCUGCUUUGCCUUGCUGCCUGUGCAAAUGUUGGAAAAGGAGACAGACUCACACUAAUCUUCAGUUUAGGACAGAGCUGAAGAGUGGAUUUCUGGAAUUUUCCAUCUGAAAUUCUCCAUUUCUGGGGUUUAUCUGUUCUGUCUCCUGCCUGCCAGUGAGGCGUCUUUGACUGUUUCUUCUAUUGCUUUUCAGUUCCUUUUCCCCUGGUGUUCUAUUUCCUUUGAGUGUAAAGACUCACAAGUGACUUAUCAAGCUAGCCAGAGGGUCAGGAAAGAAUCGGGGGAGUCGGCGCACCGAGGAAACAAGACAAGGCAAACAUUCAAAGGAGUGCCAUGUAGCACUGGGUGUCCUGAGUUGGGGGAGGCAACUCUCAGCAGCAAGGAGUUGCAGUGGUAUUUGUGGUGGUGCCAGGCUUCCAGGAGGGCAACUCCUAUGGUUGAAGCCAGGUGUCCAGGAACAGGCAGGCUCCUUCCCGGCCAGCUCUUCCUGGCACCCCAUGUACCCUUGCCUUAGAUUUUACACACAUUCUCCACAGCCAAGCACUGCCACGGGGCAGCCCCCACUGCCACGUGUGCUCCUGGGCCUGGGAAAGGUGGCAUGGUCCUGCAGUACCAGCCGUCGUGGUGCUGCCUCCCCACCUGACUUCUAGAUGCAGCCUUUUGGGUGAACUCUGGGAAGCUCCAAAGAUGGGGAAGGAUGAGGAGUCACAUUGCCAAGCUGAGCUGUAGUACACAGUUCCCUGGCAGAGUAAGUUCUAGGCCCUCAGGACUGGUGAGAACAGUUCCCAUGGCCUGUGCUCAGGGCAAGGUUUAAAGAAGGGCUUGCUGACCCUAAAGCUGUAGCUCUUGCUCAGUGAGAGGCAGGGCCCUAAUUUUGUUUACACCUGUUGCCCAUUCUUGGGCGGAACGGUACACAUUCUGUGCACAUUGGAGGGAAGAAAUGCCUAAGAGGAAGGAAAUACUAACUGCUGCCUGCUAGCAGCUUAGCAAGAAACCUAUUCCCUGGGUCAGGAGGUGGACAAAGAAUGCCUGAGCCUAAAGUCUACAGAUCCUGGCGUCUAAACAUCCCUGGAGUCUUUGCUCAAGAGUUGGUAUGUGACAUGGAAGGUUCUUGCUUCCAAAGCCUUUGAUGGGAAUGAAUGGGAGGCCCAGCUGGAGCUAGUUACAGCCCCAAAUGGGUGCCUCCAACCUCCCCCCAAAACAAAAGAUGUUUGCUUCUUGUCAUCAGGGAGCAACUGCUGCCCCUCAGGCAAUAUGAGAACAGGAGGAACGCUGGAAGGGCUGAGAAAUGCAAAAGGCUCAUAAUAUUUAUAAAUUCCACUCUCAGAGUGGGGAGGGCCAGGUACCAGACCUGGACUAAGCUGCACCUAGGAAACUGCCCACAGGUUCUCCUGAGAGGGACCGUGCAGCCCAGAGCCCCUAGCCACUCUGCCUAGCAGGGCAGGUGGUGCCAACAGGAGCCAGCAGGCAGGCUACAAGAAUCCCAGUAUGCCUGACCUUGCAGGGCAGUGGCAGUGGGUUGCCAGUUUUUGCUGAUAUAGGCAGGAUGGGAUCCUUCAUUAAUAUUUGACUAAUAAGUUGGCAAGGAUAUAUUUUUUCUCUAUGUUUUGUUUCAAUUUAUGUAGAUUAUUAUAAAUUGAUGUAAACCACGUGAAAGGAAAUGUUAAUAAAAAAAUGCAAAGCCCCAACAUUUGCACACAACUCAGCCCUGUGGUGUGGAUGUUUGUGUUCUCAGUAGUCCAAGGAAGACAACCAUUCUAAAUAUUUAACUGUCCCAGCUGCAUCCAGAUGUCUCAGGGAUCUAUUUACCUAGUGAACCCCCCUUGAGUUUUGGGGGAGGGGAGCCCCAAGCCCACUCCUCACUCUUCACAGGCCCACAGGUCAGUCACCAGCCAGGUUGCAUCUGGCCUUGCACCUUCGCUGCUACAUUUGCUUUCAUGAAGUACAAACGCCACACCAGGGACCUGUCCAUUAAUUUGCCUUGGUGAGAUGUCAGAAGUUUUCUAUUCAAGUGGAGGUUUAUUUUAUGUAAAUGUUUCUAUCCAUUUUCCUUGGAAGUAGCACAUCUUUGGUGCAGCCUUUUGGCCUAAUCUGCUUGUUGGAGAAGUUAGAUCCCCCUAGAGGGCCUCAUCUCCCUUUAGGAGAGCCAGUGGGGUUAAUGUAGAUUCCCCCAGUCUAAGCCUAAGCUGUUGGACACCGUGUUUAUUCUAGAGAUCAGGAACAGAUGUCUCUGAAAAUUGGUGUUUGGUUUAUGAGCUCAUACCGACUCCUUUGCCAUCCAAAACAGGAAACUAUUCAUCUCCUUUCGAUUGAAUAGUCAAUGUGGACAAUGCUUGGCUUAUUGAACUGAUGGCUACUGACAGCCCCAGGGCUCAUCUUUUGCAAGGCGGUCAUGAGGCAACAUUUCUUGUCCUCCAUCAUUCAGCGUAUUCAGCCCCAGGUACUAGACUGGCUGGCUGGUAGGAGAUGCCGGGUAUCCUGGCUCCUGCACUUUAACAGGUGUCAGGUGGGAAUGUCUGCUCUUGUUCUCAAAGUGCUUAUAGGUGAUUUAUUUAGGGACGGUAUAGGAAAACUUCUAAGUUUGUUCUCAGACCCCUGAAGACACCCUAGCCCAGCAGCAAUGGAGCCUCUUUCCUGUGAACCUGGGCCAGCAUUAUAUGGCAUUCACCCAUAGAAAGACAUGAGACCUGCGUGCUAGCUCACAUUCAUUCCAAAGGAAAGAGCUGGCACAGCCAGGGGAAGGUGUUACCAGCUGGGUUUAAGUUAGUGUACAGCAGAAAAAAGACAUAAUACCACUGGCUGAAGGUGGCCAGACCUACAGUGCCCCAUCACGCCUACCUGCCUGACCUACAAGAAUGUCAGCCUGAGUUCACCAAUGUCAUCUCACUGCCAAAGACUAGCGUGGGAUGCCCAUAGCAGAUCCCUACUGUAAAAGGCUGGGUUUUUGGGUUUGUUUUGUUUCUUUGCCUAUGGCAGACAAUUAGGCUGAACAACUGAUGUCAGAAAAAGGCCACCAGAUGAAAUAAAAAACACUAAUACGGGCCUCCCCGGUGGCACAGCGGUUGAGCGCUGGGUUGCGAAGCUGCCCACAGCCUCUGCAGUGCCGGUUCGAUCCCUGGCCACUGGGUGAGGGUCCCACAUGGCGCGCAGACCUCUCCUGCCGCCCGCUGCUCCCCUCAGCAGUGUACUUCGUCAGUCUGCCUGCUCUGCUCUCUGCUCUGGCUCUGGUGAAUUCUCUCACCCUCCUGCGCUUCUGACUGUACCCGGUGAUUGUAUAAAUAAAUAAAUCUUUUUUAAAAAAUG